AUGACGUCGCCCUCAAGUGAACGUAUCAUCAUAGCUGACACUGGUGAUGUCAUCUUCACGCUACGAAAUCCAGGUGCACCAUUUGCUGUAUGGGAUCAGGCUGUCGAAGAAAACAGUGAGAUUCAAGAUCCAGAAGAUGAGCAUAAAAACGGGCCGUUGAACGAUGCGACUUCCGAUACAUGUCUCAUCACAACACCUGGUAUGCGCUUCGCCGAAAUUCAAGAGUGA